GGUUAUUUUAGAUAAAAAUACUUGAUAAACCAGUCAUCAUACAACCGCCAAGAUUACAGAAUAUCGAAUUCAAAAAAUAUAAACAUACAUACAACUAAAUACAUCAACCUAAACAAGUUUGAGGUCAAGAAAUCAAGUAUUAUCAGUUUCAUUCCAAUAAUUACAAAGUCAAUUUCAGUAUUCUAAUCAAUAUCAAGCAAAUAUGAUCGUCAUUUUUAUUUUGGGUUUAUUUUUGGUGCAACUGGGACAGACAGAAGUAGUAACUCAAACCGAAGCUGCUGGUAACGAGGAAGAUUCCUACUACCCUCCUGAAACAUGGUCUAAUACGUUUGAUUGGCGCAUUGUUAAGGAAUAUUCGCCUUUGUACAGAAACUUAUUAGUGUCUCCAAUUAGUUUGAAAACAAUUUUGUCACUAUUAUAUCAAGGUGCGAGCGGUAUUACUAAAAGAGAAUUAGAAAAUGUGCUGCAGUUCACCGAUCAAGAAUCUGCCAAACAAGAGUGUAGGAAUAUCCUCAAUAAACUACAGCCUUCGGAAACGCCAGAAUACAAUUUGAAUUUUGGAUCAAGAAUUUUCCUAGAUACACCAAUUCAACCUCAACAAAAAUUCGCUAGUACCGCCAAGGAAUUUUUUAAAACCGAUAUCGGAUUCACGAAUUUUAGUAAUGCCCAAGAAGCAGCUGAUAGCAUAAACGCGUGGGCUGAAAAGCUUACAAAUGGAAGGAUACCGAAAGUCAUUGAUCAAGCUGAUCUUGCAGAAGCCAUAAUGGUAAUAGUCAACGCAAUAUACUUUAAGGGAAGUUGGAGAUAUCAAUUUUCCAACCAGACUGUGGAUAAAUUUUACGUUCCAGAUGGUAACAAUUUCUUUUCUAUUCAAGCCCGUUUUAUGUCUGUUGAAGAUAAGUUUUACUACCAUGAAUCUUCAGCUUUAGAUGCUAAAAUUAUACGGUUACCGUACAAGGGUGGAAAUUAUUCUAUGUUCAUACUUUUACCGAACUCGAAAGGUGGACUGCCAUAUUUAGUGAAACAAAUCAACCUAAAUAAUUUGAAAAGCUUAUUAUACCUAAUGGAACCACGAGCAGUAAAUGUUAAAUUACCAAAAUUCAAAUUUGACUUCCAAGCUAGAUUCAGCAAAACUUUACAUGACUUUGGUUUACUUCAAAUGUUUCAAAACACGGCCAGUUUUCCAGGAAUCGCUAGAGGAAAUAGCACGAUUUUAAGGAAAUUGGUUGUUACGGAUAUUGUACAGAAAUCUGGUAUAGAGGUUAACGAAUAUGGAAGUAUCGUCUACGCUGCCACAGAGCUAACCAUUGGAAACAAAUUUGGAGAGCUGUUAUCAACAUUCCACGCCACGCAUCCCUUUUUAUUUUAUAUAGAAGAGGAGACGAGUGGGACUAUUCUUUUCAUCGGUAAAGUUGAAAAUCCGUUAGAAGUUGAUCCUCAACCUUUAGCACAGAAACCAGAAUGAUUGUAAUCAAUCAACCAAAGGACCUUUCCUAUUUAUCACGUCAGUCGAUUUUAACUUUUUUAUAGAAAGAAACUGAAAUCAGUGUCAUGAAACAUGAAAAGAUUUUUACAAAUUGUGCGAUAAGACAUGUAUAGGAAUAAUUACUCUUUUAUAUAAUAAAUUUAUAAAAAUAAGAA